AUGAAGCUCGCCCUCGCCCUCGCCCUCGCCCCCGUCGCGUCCGCCUUCUUCGGCGGCGCCAAGCCGGCCGCCGGCCGCGCGCCCGUGGACACGACGGCCGACAUCGGCGUCGACCCCGGCCCGAUCGAGCCCACGGGCCUCUUCUUCGAGGACAAGGAGUCCCUCGCCCGCCGCCGCGCCGUCGAGAUCAAGCACGGCCGCAUCGCCAUGACGGCGUUCAUCGGCAUGAUGGUCCAGGAGCUCGGCAUCACCUUCCCCGGCUCCAUCACCCUCGACGGCUCCGUCAAGUUCGCCGACAUCGGCACGGGCUUCGCGGCCAUCGAGAACAUCCCCAAGUUCGGCCUCUUCCAGAUCGUCGCCUUCGGCUUCAUCGCCGAGACGGCCGCCAUGCCCGCGUCCCAGUACACGGGCGGCCCCCAGAACCUCCCCGGCGGCUACGACGGCUCCGCGGGCACCAUCCCCGGCGGCUACCCCUUCACGACGCAGAUCGAGGACGUCACGGCCCGCAACCGCGCGCUCACGUGCGAGCUCCAGAACGGCCGCGCCGCCAUGCUCGGCGUCACGGGCGCGAUGAUCCACUCCCAGCUCGACUCGUGCGACCACCACUUCUUCUACCCCAUCACGCACAACUAG